AUGCGAGCGUGCGCCAUGUCCAUGCGAUAUCGACUCAUUGUCUUGCGAACGCGGCAGGCGCAUCCCAGACUAGGACUCGAUGCCCUGGGGCUGUUUUGGCUUGUUUUUCAUGCGCUCAUACGCUUUGCAACAUUCUGUAACACAUGGCAGACUGUAAGGCGGAGUGAUGAACAAGACUUGAGAGUGCCGAUGUCGACAAGCCGGGUGGAGUUGAGGCUUCGGAACGUGAGCGCUUAUGUCGAUCGUGUCCCAAGCGCAGACGGAACGGAAUCUCUUGCAGGUCAAGAGUCAGUUUCCAGGUUGGUGGUUAUCUUCGCUUGCUCACUCGUUUGA